ACUGUUACACUGAUAUGCACUUGAGAGAGAGAGAGAGAAACCCCACCAGAAGCUAAACUCAGAGACCCUCUCCCACCCAUCCCCUAUUGCCACCAUCUCUCCGACCUUGCGAGCCGAGCGAUCCAACCCCACCACCAACCACCAUGUUCCGCCAAAUCACCACCCGCAUUCUCUCGCGAUCCACAAUGGCUUUCCCCGCCGCCGCCGCCGCCACCAGAGCUCGGCCCUUCUCCACGCACCUCCCGGCCGCUACGACCGGCGACGAGACUUUCGUGGAGUCGUGGAAGAAAGUGAUCCCCAAUAUCGAACCACCCAAGACCGCUAUGGCCUUCAUGACUCCUCGCCCUUUCACCCCAUCUUCAAUCCCUUCCAAGCUUUCUGUCAAUUUUGUCCUUCCCUACUCUUCUGAGCUCUCCACCAAAGAGGUUGACAUGGUCAUAAUUCCAGCUUCAACUGGACAGAUGGGUGUUCUUCCCGGACAUGUAGCAACAAUUACGGAGCUGAAACCCGGGAUUUUGUCAGUGCAUGAAGGCAACGAAGUGACCAAGUAUUUUGUUAGCAGCGGGUUUGCGUUCAUCCAUGCAAACUCUUAUGCAGAUAUAAUUGCCGUCGAGGCUGUGCCAAUUGAUCAAAUUGACCCAAGCCUGGUCCAAAAGGGUCUUGCAGAAUUCACCCAGAAACUGAACUCAGCCACAACCGAUUUGGAGAAAGCCGAAGCCCAAAUCGGAGUGGAUGUGCAUAGUGCUCUCAACACUGCUCUUUCAGGCUAGCAUUACUAGUUUCUAUGCCCUUGAUUCAAUAAUUGUUUCACUUUUUAUUUUUUAUUUUAUUCUAUUUUUUGUGGGGCGCUCUUCUGACAUGUCUCAUCAACAAUUUUUCUCAUGACGGUAACUGUUUUUAGUUAUUUUAUUUGUGUUGAAUGUUUUGAAUAUGGAAAUGAUAUAACCAUCUUUGAAUAUAUUUUAUUUUCUCGGGAAAAUUGGUUAGAAAA